AUGGUGGACAACAAAACGGAUCACAAAAUGGGCGAAACUUCGUCUAUCAAGCCUCCUACGGAAGAACCAGCGGUCCUCGCUCGUGAGCCGAUAGCUGACCAAAAGCGAGCGUCUACGGGGACAGAGAGCCCUUCUGACGAUUCCCCGCAUGUGGAAUCACUCGAUGUAUCAGAAGACCCAAACAAUACUCCAAGCCGUUCAAAGCUGCGUGUCUUUAGUAUUAUGCUCAUGCUGUGUCUUGUCCUCUUCCUCUCGGCGCUUGAUCAAACCAUCGUUGCAACGGCUAUCCCUUCCAUAACUAAGGAUUUACGCUCGGCUUCUGGCUACACAUGGAUUGGUGCUGCGUAUUUGCUGUCCAUGUGUGCAACCAACCCCAUGUGGGUCAGAAUCAGUGACAUCUGGGGCCGCAAGCCUGGUCUCCUAGGAGCAAUCGUCAUUUUUGCCAUUGGCAGCACAAUUGCAGCGGCUGCUAGAAAUAUUGCCAUGUUGAUUGCUGGGCGAGCAGUACAGGGUAUGGCCGGUGGAGGGAUAAUAUCGUUGGUUCAUAUCAUAAUUGCGGACCUCUUCAGCAUGCGGCACCGUGCAUUAUACAUAAGCGGGACAGCACUCGUUUGGGUGCUUGCUGGCACCACUGGGCCCGUUAUUGGAGGAGCAUUGUCCCAGUAUGCAAGCUGGCGUUGGUGCUUCUGGAUCAAUCUCCCUGUCUGUGGUGCCUCGUUCAUUACCUUGACCCUCUAUCUUAACUUGCACAACCCACGCACAAAGAUCAGCGAGGGAAUCAAGGCAAUUGACUGGAUCGGUACCUUCUCUAUCCUAACGAUAGUGGUUCUACUUCUGCUCGGGCUUGACUUCGGUGGCGUGACUUUCCCCUGGAACAGCCCAACCGUCAUCUGCAUGAUUGUCUUUGGAACUCUGUUGAUUGGCUUCUUCCUCUUCGCUGAGAAGCGGCUCGCUAAAUACCCCCUAAUGGACCUCAGGAUCUUUAAGGAUUGGUCAAAUAAUGCCGUCAUUAUUGUUGCAGCCACACACAGUAUGGCAACUAGAGGCUCAGAGUACUACCUCCCCUUAUACUUCCAAAGUGUGCAGCAAGCGUCACCCACCAAAAGUGGUGUUUUGAUACUACCAAUGAUGAUAGCGGCAUCGCUUUGCGACCUGGGAGUCGGGGUCUUGAUACACCAGACAGGCCGUUAUCGAGAAAUCAUCUGGGCAGGGACAAUUUCCUUGACUCUGGGAACGGGGCUGUAUUGUUUACUCGGAAUCGACACAUCCCUUGCGAAAGUCAUCGGCUUUGAAAUCAUUGGCGGCAUCGGCCUCUCCCUUCUUCUCUCAACCCCCAUGCUCGCAAUUCAAAAUAAUGUCGAUCAGGCCGAUGUUGCGGUAGCCUCGUCGACGUUAGGUUUUAUUCGCAGCAUUGCAACAUCAUUAUCUAUCGUUCUCGGCGGUGUUGUCUUCCAGGAUAGCAUGGCUGCUAAGGAGUCAUCCCUCGCUGCCGCUGGUCUCAGUCAACCCUACCUUGAUGCCUUUUCCGGCUAUGAUGCGGCAGCAAAUGUAGAGUUGGUCUCUACUCUCAAGGAUCCGGGACAGUAUCGAGCAGUACAGGAAGCUUAUGCCUAUAGCAUGCGGAACAUGUUUAUAAUGUACACUGCCGUUGCGGGUGUUGGGCUCUUAGUCAGUCCUUUCAUUAAACAGCGGCAUAUGAGCAAGGAACACAUAGAGACAAAGACGGGAAUCGAAAACAUGACGGAGAACAAGCGGAAGACUUAA